AUGGACGAGUGCGAAAAGGUAGGAGAUGCUUGUCCACUUCCACUGCAGUGCCAGGAACAAGAAAACGCAACUUUCGCAUGUGGCUGCGAUGCUGGCUUAAAGGUAGAAGGAGAAGGAGAUGAGAGGACAUGUCAAGGUAAAGUUUUUACAGUGUUCUCUUUGAGGAGUUAACAAUAAGUAUUAAAUCACAAAUUGAAACAGAAUCAAAGUAAUUGAAAAACGUGUGCACAUUUCCUUCGGCAUGAUACAAAAAGAAGGAUAUGUUUUCAACGUAAAUGGAACUGCACAUAGUUGUUCUAUUCGCUUUUAUUAAGCACUUUAAUUUGCUCAGACAAUUAAAACCAAUAAUCUAAAAGAACUCAUGACCACUGACUGAAAUAAAUCCGUCUAAAAAUCCUACCCUAAGCUAACCUUAACACUGACAUCUCCUUUAGGGCGAAAUAUUGGAUAAGGGGAGGGGUAGGUGGGAAAAUUUCCAGGAUCUUACGCUAAUCUCACAAUUCUGCGGAAUUGCCCACCUACCCCUCCCUUAACACAACCUUAACACCAUCACGUGCACCGUAUUAGGUUAGAGAAGGGGUAUGUGAGCAGAUUUUCAGAAUCUAAGUCUAAUACUUGCUCAAUAUAUUAUACGUGGUAGCUGAUGACAUUUAUGAGUGCAGAAUUCAAGGUGAUGUUUGCCCUCCGACUCUCAAAUGCCUAAAACAAGAAGAUGGAGCUUACACGUGCCGCUGCGAGAAGAAAGGCUACGUAGUUAAAGGAGACGGUCAGGAACGGACUUGUGAAGGUAUGUGUUUAGUUUCAUUCAAACUGUUUUCUCAUACCACCAUGCCAUUCUUACGAUUUUAUGAUAGCCUAAGAAAACAGCCGAGUGGACAUUUGGCGACGCUACUACUGGUUUCCCGCCAAAAAAAAUGACGUCUGAGAAACAAGAGCAGAAAUUUCAUACUGAUGAAGUGUCACUACCCAGAUCUGGGUAGUGACGCGUCAUCAGUAUGGAAUUUCUGAGCUGGUUUCUCAGACGUCAUUUGGCGGGGAAUCCAAUGGGAACGUCGCCAAAUGUCUAAUUUUAUGAUUGUAACGCCAUUUUACCCGAGAAAUAGAGUAAAUUUUGUAACUGGGUAGGGCGGGUUUCAACAGUGACUCGAAUAUCGGAAGCUAAGAUAUACUCAAUCUCCUUUUGGUUGGAGUAAAUUCGAACCCAUCUCCCUGGGAUGGGAGCUGGUACUGGUGAGAAUUGGGUUGCUGAAAUUGUUUAGGAUGCAAAGGUCUCUUGUUCACCCCAUGUGAUCGAUCCUAUUUUGCCCAUUAUUGUCCAACGGAAAUGGGUACGAUAGUAGAUGACUGCAGGCUAAUAUGCAGUGUCAUUUGUUUAAUCUGUGAUUGAGCAGCCGUAUCUCCUGCCAUAUCUCCAAAAUGGAAUUGUUAAGGGCCGGUUGUCACUAGUAGAAUCUGCAGUAUAACAUACAUAUUUUUCAGAUGUAGACGAAUGCACUCAAAACCCAUGCGCUGAGAAUGAAAAAUGCGUAAACGUGCCAGGAAAUUUUGAAUGCCGCUGUAAAGACGGAUACGUCAAAAAUGGCGGUAGCUGUAAGCCUGGUAAGUUCCAAAAACAACAACUAUUGCACGAGAAGAACGUUAAAAAGGUUGGUUUAUUAAGGUUAAAAUAAAUACGAAGAGCCGCAAAUUGCAGUGAUUGUGCAGCUCUUAAUCGAGGGCGGCGCUCCUCCAACGGCAGUGCUCAGAGUGCACAAAUCGGUUGCAUAGAACUGCGUUUUGGCGAAAAAACUUUGUUUCAUCAUUGUAGCAAAUAACUGUGUCAAGGUCAAGUGUAAUGCGCAUGAGAUGUGUCACAACGGAAUUUGCAGAUGUAAAAAGGGAUACAGAAAGUCAAAGGCAACCAAAGGAAAGUGCAUUAAAGGUGAGGUUCGAUUGUUACAAAACUGCUAUUUACUGCGUCCAUGUUUUAACUUACAUGCACAAAGCUAAGACCCAAAAAUGGUAAAAACCUUAUGUAGAGGUCAACUCAACCCGUCAAUAAAACCGACUGGUUCUUUCUUGCUAAAACUCUAGAUGCUAGAGCAAGACGUCAUAUGAAGUAGAUGAGAUCAACUACCCAUUACUUUGUCAGUACUGAAUGCUCAUUUAUAUCGCGCUGUUGUCGUUCUUAACUUUGUUGAACAAUUAUAUUGGUACUCUACACCACAACAUAUAAGCUUGUAAAUUCUAAAACAGCUUUUUCGUCGUGAUAAAUAACUCUAGGAAUUCUUCGAACUCAAGCGAACCGGCUACAUAUUUAAUCAAUUCAACUUGAGCGGCAGACAGUGAUUUAUGGCGGGCAAAAGAAGAUCAAUAAUAAUGCUGAAAAUGGAAGAGAUAUUCCACUUUAAAUGGCGGAGGGCAAUGCUGGCAAUACGGCGAAGGGCUGGUUUAUUUGGGACCAAUAUUUUAACCUACUAACAAACUUAGCUUUCCUAAUGGCCUGGGCUAUUUUCCGAAAAUGGUAUAUAUCUGUGUUACACUCACUCUCAGGCUUAACAAUUUGUCAAUGUGUUGAUCUCUGAAACAAAUUGCAAGGAACUUUCGUUUGCAACUGCAUCGUCGUUUGCUUUUUUGUGGUCCGAAAACCGCGGGCGGGGCGUCUUCGUCUUCGUAACAUUUGCCUCUUCCUUUGCAGAUCGAGAGUAUAAAGGAAUGUUUAUUCUAGCAUAUAUUCUAUAAGCAAUUGUUUGCUAUUCUUGCUAUCAUCUUAGGCAGUAUUUCGACUAUUUUGUCGCAUAACGCCGGCAUUUUCUAUAGUAAUAGUACCAGAGAAGCUGAGCUACCGCGCCCUCUUUGGUAUCCAACCGGCAGCCAUUCUUUGUGUCGUCACGCAACUCUCCUCCGAGCAUUGUGUCAUGAUCAAUGAACGGGUGCGCAUGAGAAGGCGACGCAUUCUGAUAUCCAUUUUUUCUGUCAAAUUAUCCGUCAAAGUGAGUCAUUUCUCUUGAUAAGGGAAAAGAAUUUCUAAAUCCGGUCAACGUUUGAUGGUUAUAAAAAAUUAGAUGGGGAUCAAAGCCAAUUAUAAAUGGAGAAAUAUUUUGAAUGAAUAACAAUACUGAUUUAUGCUAACAGCACAUAUGUUACACAUGCCACUUCCACAUUUCCCAUAAUGCACCUUAUCCCCCCCCCCCCCCAAAAAAAAAAUUUUGCAUAACCGUCGUUUUCCAUUUCUCUUGGGCGUUAGAGCCGUACCAAGAGAAAUUGAAAACAAUGCUUACGCAAGGUUGGGGGGCGGGGGGGGGGGCUGGGAAAUAAGGUGCAUUAUGGGAAAUGUGGAAGUGGAGUAUAGUGUAUUUCUCUCGGCAAUUAAUAUUACGGGAAGUGUUCAUUAGCAAAAUUCCAGAAAUAAUCGAUCGAGACGAGCCAGACACAAAGAAAAUUGUACUUACAGAUAUAUAUUUACAUCUGGUUGGAAGAAAAACCCCUUACGGAAAACAGUAAAUUUUACCCUUGAUCCUCGGUUUUUACUUUCGCUUUAUAAUCGUUAAGGUGACUAGGCUUAGUAAGAGGUAUCUUUUCUUUUUCAGCUCUUUCCUUUAAUGGAGCUACCUCGCCGCUGUCCUCUUCUGUCUCCAUUUAUGCCAGCGCUCUUGUGAUUGGAUACCUUGGGCGCCUGGCCUUUACAGCGUAA